UGGGUUGAUAAGUGUAUUUGAAUCAAGUAAUAUUUUUCAUAAAGAAAAUGAAAUUGGCAAUCAUCAUUCUCGGCUUCUUAGCCGUAGCUGCUUCAGCUGGACGAGUUUCUUUAAAUCGCGAUGUCAGUUCUUUGGUAGCUUAUUCAAAACUUCGUGGUCUUCAAAGAGGAGCACUUGAAGACAAAAUUUUAGCUAUUGUGGAAUGCUUGCGAAAAAUUUUGAGAGAAGGCGGUGAGCUGACCGGAGGAAAAGUUUUGGACCCUUUGGACGCUGAGCAUUUGGACACCAAUUUUGAAAUUCCAGAUCUUGCAACGGUAAAUGGAGGUCUUGACAAUUUGCAUGUUUCUGGAUUAUCAAGCUUCAACUUUACUUCCCUUAAAUUAAAUUUGGUUUUGCUGAAGGUUGACUACAAUGUAACAAUUGAACAAAUCAAAGCCACAGGUCUGUAUGAUAUUGUUGGAAAAUUGGUCAAUCUUGUACCAAUUAGUGGUAAAGGACCCUUCGAUGUCCAAUUAGACCAGAUCACAGCUGCAGGUCAUAUUAAAUUACGUUUGAAAGACCUUACAUAUCUGGAAUUAGCUGAAGUAAAACUUUUGCUUUCUGUUGGAGCAAUGAACUUCCAAAUCGAUGGUUUAAUGAACAACCCAGACCUCAGCGAAAUGAUCAACGCAAUUUUGAAUGACGUGCUCCCUGAUUUAUUAGUUGAAAAUCAACAAAAUAUUUCCACUGGUGUAGAUACUAUUGCCAAACAAAUCUUAAACCCAGUUUUAAGUAAAUUGACAUUGCAAGAUAUUUUGGACAUGAUUGGAGGAGGUGGCGGAGAAGGUGGACUUGUGUGCUAAUUUUUGAAAAUUCAUUACGCUUAUUUAAAGUUAACGCAUAUAUUAUAAUAUGUAGUUACACUUAACG